GUUAUUAAUCAGAAAUUCAGAAUACAAUGUCUUUUUGUUUUACAUUCCACACAAAUAGGCUCUUGGUGCCUCUUCUCAUCACCUGUUUGAUAAUUUGUCUCGAGGGAGUUGCAGUUCAAAAUGAAAAAAUUGUCACUAACGUUGGAGCAAUCAUUAAUGCUGAUUCCCGUAUCGGCAAAGAACAGAAAGCUGCCAUGGAAAUUGCAGCUGAAAGCUUCAACAACAAGUCCGGCAACACUCGUGAACUAAUCCUUCAUUUUCAAGACUCCGGGGGAGAUCCCUUUCUUGCUGCUUCUGAGGUUGAAGAGUUGAUAAAGGAAAAGAAAGUAGAAGUGAUAGUUGGCAUGGAGACUUGGCAGGAAGCAGCUCUAGUAGCUGAUCAUGUGGGAAACCAAUCUAAAAAAAUUCCGGUAAUUUCAUUUGCAGCACCAGCCAUAACCGUGCCACUAAUGCAACAGCGUUGGCCAUUUCUGAUACGAAUGGCAAGCAAUGGAUCUGCUCAGAUGAAAUGCAUUGCAGAUAUAGUUUCUGCAUACAAGUGGAAAAGGGUUGUUGUGAUAUACGAAGACGACGGUUAUGGUGGUCAAGUUGGGUUGCUAGCUCUUUUAUCUGAGGCUCUUCAAGAUGCAAAUGCAAAGAUUGAGAAUCAUUUGGUUCUUCCGAGACUAAAUAAUUCUUCGAUGGCUAAACCUAAUUGGGAUGAAGUAGAAGAGCUGUUGAAGCUUCCCACCUUUCAGUCUCGGGUGUUUAUUGUUCUUCAAUCAUCUUUACCAACAGUGACUAAUCUGUUCAGCGUGGCUAGGAAGAUGGGACUUGUAGGGAGAGAGUCGGCUUGGAUAAUCACAGAAUGUAUCACCAGUUUGCUUGACCCUCAAGGUGACGACUCUAUGGAAGGAACUCUGGGAAUCAAGACCGACUACGCCACUGAGUCUAGUUCUUAUGCUGAAUUCCAGAAGGAAUUCCAAGCUAAGUAUGCAGAAGAAAAUAACUCCAAGCCAGGAAUUUAUGCUCUUCGAGCAUACGAUGCUAUUACUGUCAUUUCAAAGGCCUUAGAAAGGAUGCCUAAUAACACCACUAGUACUAGCCUUCAGAAUAUGAUAACUACAUUGUUGAGCAAUUACAAGGGUUUAAGUGGGAAUAUGCACUUGAAAGAAGGUGAAGCACUGUUGGAUUCUCUGAGAUUCAGGAUCAUAAAUGUUGUGGAUGGGAAGAGGAACAAAGAGUUAAACUUUAAACACGAGAACCUCACACGUGCGCCUCAAGGCUGGGGAAUGCCUACUGCUGGGAAGCCAAUGAAAUUUGGGGUUCCAGCUGGUAACAAGCACUUCGGUAAAUUUGUAAAGGUUGAGCCCAGAAACAAUUCAUCAUAUGACUUCUCAUAUGACGGUUUCUCCAUUAGAAUUUUCUACACGGUACUAACUCAUUUGAAUUAUCAUCUACCAUUUGAAUUUGUACCCUUUAAGGGUUCUUACGAUGAUUUGGUAGAAGGAGUUUAUAACAAGACUUUUGAUGCUGCUGUUGGUGAUUUCACUAUAUUACCUGAGCGAAUGGAGAAAGUGGAAUUCACUCAGCCAUAUAUGAAGUCUGGUUUGUCAAUGAUAGUCGUAGAAAAAUACGAUGAAUCAACAUGGAUGUUUGUGAGACCUUUCACAUGGAAAAUAUGGGUGGUGAGUGGUGCCAUCUUAAUCUACACUAGUUUAGUAGUAUGGUUCCUGGAGCGCUCAAGAAAUCCAGAAUUUGAUGGUUCAUUGAAGAAUCAGAUUGGCACAGCAACUUAUAUCACUUUCUCCUCCUUGUUCUUUGCUCACAGAGAAAAAGUAUAUACCAACUUUGCUCGGGUAGUAUUUCUUCUGUGGCUAUUUAUUGUAUUGAUCUUGAGCUCAAGCUACACUGCUAGUCUUUCUUCCAUGCUUACCACCCAACGACCGACCUUAAAUGUAACAACUGAAAUGUUAAACGAGACUGAUGCAAAAGUUGGUUGGGAUGGAGGUCCAUUUGUCUCAAAGUAUCUGUCAGAUACUUAUAGAUUCGAUGCUAACAACAGAAUCAAUGUAAGCAGCGAAAACAGCUACACUGAUGCAUUCAAAAGCAAAAAUAUAACUGCUAUGUUUCUUGAACUCCCAUAUGCUCAAGUCUACAUGAACGAGCUCUGUGAGGGAUAUACUUCAAUCACAGAACCCUAUGAAUUUGGAGGAUUUAGCUUUAUAUUCCAGAAAGGCUCUCCAAUAGCUAGGGAUUUCUCUAAGGCCAUUCUAGAGCUAUUGGAGAAUGGAUAUAUCAAGCAACUUCAAAAUGAAUUAUUGACUCCCGAGAAGCAGUGUCCAAACACUAAUAGUAGACCAAAAAGCUUGAGCCUUAAUAGCUUUUCGGGUCUCUAUGUAAUAUGCGGUGCUACUUCCACCCUGUGUCUUCUACUAUCUUUUACCCCAUGUGUGAGGAAGUCUCAGAAGCAAGAAAAGCACGAAGGCAAUGCAGGUCCAAGUGAUGAAAGUGUCCUUCGAUCCCAACACUCCAACAGUCCGCAGGCCUUCACAUCCGUAGAAAUCGAAUGCGUGCCGCAGAGAUGAAUCAAACUAAGGAAACAAAAGAACAGACUGCCCCUAAAAGGGUUGUAUUCGCUUCUCUCACUAAAGUAGUUGAUGUUAAACUUACCUAGCUCCAUUACAGAUACUCCAUCGCUCAACCCACAUUUGACUAUAUUAGUUCACUCAUUUCUCAGAAUAUGUAAGAUACUUGUAUAUAAUUAUAUAUAAAUGCUUCUUUUA